GUUUCGAAAAAAGUUAGUUUACUUGGAACGUAUCGUACACAAAAGCGAAAGUAUAGUUUUUUUUUUAUUCGAUCGCUUGUAAGGUUUAUGGCGUUAUUGAAUCUAUCUCAUAGCAAAAUCGGUGGAUUUUAGUUCGGAUUCAUUCUAGCAUUCCGGAAAUUCGAAUCGGAAAGGACUAUUUUACAACCAUCGAAAUACGCUUCUUCAUGAAUGUGUGUGUAUAGGUGAACCGUUGUGUUUUUUUCCGAGGUAAAUGCUACCUCAAUAAAUUUAUUAUUCUUUUUAUCCGAACUACAAUUUUCAAUAAAAACCUAAAAUGGAUUCCAAAUUUAUCAAGUCUUUAUCCAGAAUUCCGCCUCCAAAAUUGCCCAAACCGCCGAAAUCUUCGUUUAUCGUGGCGGCUAUCGAUUUCGGUACGACGUACAGCGGCUAUGCCUUCUCUCUAAAGAGCAGUCCGGACCAGAUCCACGCGAACGCAAUCUGGAACGGGGGUUCCACCCCGACCCUGAAGGCGCCAACGUGCGUCUUGCUCGACCCUAAGGGCAGCUUUCACUCGUUCGGCUACGAGGCCGAGCAACAUUACCAGGAGGUGACAACGGAGGGCUGGCGAUUGUUCCGCCGUUUUAAGAUGGUCUUGCAUACAAGCAAGAAGGUCUCGAGUGAUUCAACUGUAAAUGACGUCAAUGGACAGGCACAUCCGGCGCUUCCGGUAUUCACCAUGGCGAUUCGUUACCUACGCGAGCACCUGCUGAAGGCGCUCAAUCUGGCGACCACAGGUAUCGUCGAGUCGGAUAUCCGGUACAUUCUUACUGUGCCCGCAAUAUGGGACGUCGGCGCCAAACAGUUCAUGAGGGAAGCCGCGACUAAGGCUGGCAUCCCGGACGCGGAACUUCGCCUGGCUCUGGAACCGGAAGCUGCUGCCGUCUGGUGCGACGGACCGGAUAUAGACCUGACUGGCAAGAAAUUCAUGGUCAUUGAUCUCGGAGGCGGGACUGCCGACAUUUCAACGCAUGAGAAACUCCCGAGCGGUAAUUUUAGGAACCUUCACAAGCCCAGCGGGGGGCCAUGGGGAGGCAUAUACGUGGACGAGUGCUACGAAAAAUUUCUCUCGGAGGUAUUUGGGGAAAUGGCGAUGAAAAAGAUGAAGGAAACCGCUUCAUCGGAUCUGUUGGAUAUGCUAGCUGAUUUUGAGACCAAAAAGAGAUCUUUCCGCGGCCCGGAAGAUUCUGAAAGGGGCAUGGUCUUAAGAAUACCCGCCGCGCUUGCGACGAUUUGUUCAGAAUUAUCAAAUGUCCCCCUGUCCCAGAAAGUAUCUGCGUCGCGAUUCGGGACCAAAGUGAAAACAAGAGCUGCGGAUAAGCUGUCAGUUGAUUCUUCAGUCGUUGAAACUUGGUUCCAGGAGCCGCUUCGGAAGCUGUUGGGACAUCUUCACGAGUUAUUGCGCGACGCUAAGAUGCACGACAUCAAGUUGUUCCUUUUGGUUGGUGGUUUCGGUGAAAGUAAAUACGUCAAGAAUGUGCUCGAAAAGGGACUCAUUGGAUACGAUGUUAAGACGGGUCGUCGGCUAGUAGUUCCGGUGGAUGCCGGAAUAGCCGUGUUGAAGGGGGCGGUGAAGUACGGACAACGUCCAGAGAAAAUCGAAUCAAGGGUCAUGCCAGAUACGUAUGGUGUUGAGAUGCUAAGACAAUACGAUGGUAACAAAAAGCACCGGGACAAAAUGGUUAUUAGCCACGGUAAGCGUCUUGUUAACAAAUGUUUUGAAGUAUUCGUUCGCGCGAAUGAGGAGGUGAAAACCAGCCAUACUUGCGCACACAAGAUCCACCCUAUCAGCGCAACCUCGACAUUGAACGUAUACAAAAGCCGUCUGUCAGAUCCGGAGUUUACCACGGACGACGGAUGCGAGCGCAUGGGGACGCUGACCAUCAAGAACUCCCCGGAGAUCCCCAUCACGGAACAGGAGCUUGAGGUGACCUUUAUGUUUGCGGAGACGGAGAUCAAGGUCAAGGUCAAGAACAAGAACACGGGGAAAGAGGAGACAUUGACCUUGCACGUGAUCUAAAACUGGCCUGUUUAUUAAUAUCAAUAUUGAUUAAAAUUCGCACAGCAACCAUUUUUAUACUAUAGAUGUUUAUAUAUUUUUGUUCAUACCGUCUUUCUGAUCUUUAAAAAAAACUUGUGCACAUGAAAAGGUUAUUCAGAAUAGGCGAACAUAAUGCAAGCUGAUUGUAUACAUGUAUUGUGAUUUAGUUUUGGAACAGUUUGAUCGCAUCACGUGAUCUAAAGAAAUUGCUGAAUUUGUUAUUAAGUUGCAGAACUUUUACUGAGUCAUAACAAAAUUAUGGAUAGCACAAAUAUAUACUGUGGUACAUGGCUGACUGGAUAUAGGGAAUAUUACUUUGUAUACGUAGUACAAUCAAUACAAAAUAUAACCAAACAUUUAAGGAUACGUGAAAAUGUUUUUAAAAAUACAUUUUAACGGAAAAUAAACCGCGCCAAGUACUAUUCAAGUAUUGAAUGGUCUAAAUAAACAUGUGCCAAACUUGCUCGAACAAAACCGAUACACAUGAAAGAUAUAAUUCAAACGUGUCAUGUAUGCUUAUGGGACUUCACGAGUGCCAGGUCAAUUAUGCCGAACUACAUAUGCUCAUAUGCUACAAAAAGGGGAUUUGAUGCAUAUGCGUAAAGAGUCGUCACAGAUUAGCCCGUGAAGACCGCACAGGCAAAUCAGGCACAACAAUUUCAGCUUUUAUGAUAUGGUUCGUUUAAAGAAAGCCUAUUUUUAGCAAAAAAACCAGUUACAGCGGAAAGUGUUGUCCCUAAAUAGCCUGUGCGGACUGCAUAGGCUAAUAUGGGACGACACUUAACGCAUAUUCAUUAAACCCCCUUUUCACAGAGAACGGCCCAUAUGAAUUCUGCCCAGCAAACACAUGACGUUGUUACGAAAAUGUGUUUUUUUAUUCAAUUUAAUACAUACAAUGUAUACAUGUAUAUGAUCAUACAACAUAGUGAUUGUACAAAGCAAUUAAGUUCAGACAUGUUAUACAAGAUAUGCUAAUAUAUGUACUUUUUUUAGUUUCCAUAAAAUUUAAAAAAAUACAAAAAAAAUGGGCUAAUGUGUCUUUUCUUUGGUUGUUUGUGAUAGGUGCUUUUUUUAAGAGAAAAGAAAAGAACAACAGAAGAAUAGUUAUGAAAAAUGAUGAGUUGUACAAAGUGGGAAGAAAGCAUACUGGACUUGUGUGUUUUGUUGUAUAUUCACAAUGAUCUUAUAAGAUUGAAAAAAAUAUAUAUACAAAAAUAUUUUAGAAAGAUAAACUAACAUUAGAGUGAAAUGUAUAUAAGUGGACAAACAUUAUGAGAAUUUAAUCCGAUUCCAUUUUUGUUCAAAGAUUUGUAAUGUGUCAUUACUGAGGGCUAUUUCUUUCUCAAUCUGGAUUUUAGUUUAAGACUAUGGACAAAACAAUUAAAAUUUGGUACUUGUUUUUUUGUACUUCAUGUUAAAGAUAAAUAUUUCAUCAAUAUAGGAAUAAAAUUCACAACAUUAUUACCGUCUAUUGAUUUCUAUGAGUAAAUUCCGAAACUUACAUUUAAGAAAGAUAGUUUAACGUUUAGCAGCUGUUGUUCAAGAAAAGAUACUAAUUGAUUCCAAAUAGGCUGAAUGUGUUUUCACUCCCCAAAAAGAUGUUUUUUAUAUUGAAAAUUUCUCAGUGUGCUUUCAAUAGUUGCUUUAUAUGGCAUGGUAAAUAUGUGUUUCCAAUUAAGUUCAUGUUCUCCGAAAAGGACUUGCCAGUUAUUUUUGGUUUUGGAGUUUUUUGUAGGGCUUUUAAUUUGUAGUGUGUAAAAUAUUUUAUUUGUUUUGUUUUUUCUUCCAAGUAUGUUUUCUACGAAUGUUGUUUGAGUACAUGGUGUAUUAUAUGUAUUGAUUUCAGAUUUAAUAUGUAUGGGUACGCUUUUGAUUAGUGUGUAGUACGAAAAUGUAUUUUGACAACGUUAUGACCAUAACCAUACACAUCUUGAUUUCGUCAAUUGUACACUGUUCGAUCAAGAUAAAUAAUUUAGUGUAUUUUAUUAUUUAUAUCAACAUGUUGAUUAUUUUUUAUGUUUUAACCAUAUUACAUCUGAAAUACGUAACAUUUACAAUUCAAUUAUCCAGAAAAACCUAUAGCAACAUUGAUAGACAAAACUUAUAAACGCCUAAGAAAAAAGUAAACAUCAUUAAAAAGCAUGCAAUUUAA